AUGACCAGAGAGACCGGAGACCUGCAUCUCUGCUGCCUCCACGAGUACACCCACCAUGCUGCCCCUGCUGCCACAGACGGAGGGGGUGGCGCAGAGCCCAAGAAGAAAGAGGACGAUGACCUGUCGGAGCAGAGUUCCGGCCGUGACACGCCCGCCAGCGGCUCGUCGCGCCAGGAGACUGAGGAGGGCAAGAAAGACAAGAAGAAGAAGGACAAGGGAAAGAAGAAAGACAAGACCAAAGGAAAGGAGAAGGAGAGGGGGAAGAAGAGGGCCGAGGAGGGGGAGGAGCCGGACAAGAAGACCAAGAAGAAAGGCUUCGGACUACUGAGGUUUGGUAAGAAGAAGGCGGAGGUGAAGGCGGAGGUGAAGGCUGGGCUGCAGAGACAGCGUUCUGAGGUGCUGAGCGAGGAGGAGCUGGAGAGGAUGAAGGAGGAGAGAGAGAGGAUCGAGGCCAAGCACUCGGAGCUGCGAGACCGUCAGGCCCGGGGCCGCGGCCCUCCUCCCGACGUGGAGGACGAUGACGGCGACCCUAACUACGCACGCAUCAACAACUUCCGGGACCGCCAGUCUCCUCCCCGCUCGCCCUACCCCGCCCGCACUCCCUCCCCCCAGUGCCCCCCCGCCAGCGCCCACGCCCUGCACCCCGCCCCCGAGGAGGCCCUGGACGGACUGUACGCCAAGGUCAACAAGCAGAGGGCUCCGCCCCACCCUGCCCCGGUCUCCCCUGACAGCAGUGUGGACCGUAUCCAGCUGUUGAGGAGGGAGUACCAGCAGGCUCGGAGGGAGGGAGCAGCACCGGCCUAUGAGGAGCUGGAGGCCCGGCGCCGAGGCCCGGAGUACGACCCCCACCGGCAGGUCCCAGUGAGAGCUCCAGACCACCGCCUGACUCCUCGCUAUGAAGAGGUGGAACGCCAGUACGCCUCCCUGCCCAGGCGUGGUCCCAUGGAGCCCAACUACCCCAUGCAGCCCUGGGCUGGCCACCGUGACCCCGGCCCCUACCCCGGCCCCCACCCGGGCCCCCAGCCCUCCCCAGCCUACCCCAGCUACCCCCGCCAGGCCGAGCAGGGCUACUACCACCCCCCACCCCCUCAGCAGAGGGGGCCUCUGCGCCAGGAUGUCCCACCCUCCCCGACCAUGCCCCACCGGGCCCCCCGCUACGACACCAUGACCCGGGGGGUGAGGGCCCCCUACGGCCCCCCAAGCUCGGAGCACUACGCCUACGCUCCGGACGGGCGACACCCCGACCCGCGCCAGAAGAACCCCAUGACUGCAGCCGUGUAGCGCUGCAGAACCGCAAGAGCUGCAGGCGUCCAGACCACCCCGCAGUCCAUCUCCUGCAGCCAAGGCGUCUGCAGAACACCCUCACCUGCAGGGUCUCACGCUAUCUGCACAUCCCCCUACGUUUGCCAAACAGGGUUAUGUCCACUACGACUGGCUGAACCACACUAUGAAUGAAGAACCACAUGUUUUUUUUAUAUAAAUACAUAUAUAUAUAUAUUAUAUAAUGGCAUUCCACAUUGUCUUAUGAAUGAAGGAAGAAGUAAAGCAAGGAUGAUUGUCCCUCCAGAUCAGAGCAGUGUAGAGUAGAGCCUGGGCAGCCUAGAGCUGC